UGUUUCACCGUGUAUUUUGCCGGUCUCUCAGGAUUUUAAAUUUUGAAAGUACACCAAAAUUACAUACAACAGCACUUAAGAAGAUUUUGAGGAAGUUUGGAAAUAUGUCGGGGGAUAUCAAAUGUUUGAAGAUUGGAACACACAAUGGUCAUUUUCACUGUGACGAGGUACUUGCAUGUUUCAUGCUGAAAUUACUUCCACAGUACAAAAAUGCAGAAAUUGUCAGAACACGGGACCAGAAAGUGUUGGAUACAUGUGAUAUAGUUGUAGAUGUUGGUGGGGUGUUUGAUCCAGAAAAGCAUAGAUAUGACCAUCAUCAGAGGAGUUUUACUGAAACCAUGUCAAGCCUCUGUGCAGGUAAGAAAUGGGUGACUAAGUUAAGCAGUGCAGGACUUGUAUAUCUACAUUUUGGACGGAAAGUGAUAUCACAGAUUCUAGAAGUGAAAGUAGAUGACCCUAUCACGGAAGUGGUAUUUGAUCAGGUGUAUGAGAACUUUAUCGAGGAGGUGGAUGGUAUUGAUAAUGGUGUGAACCAGUAUGAUGGAACUCCAAAGUACAAAGUAACAACAAAUCUCAGUGGCCAGGUGUCAAACUUGAACCCUUCUUGGAACGAAACAGAUAAAGAUGAGGAAGAACAAUUCAAGAAAGCUAUGGAAAUUGUUGGUAAAGUUUUCCUGGACCGAGUUUUGUACUGCAAGAAUUCUUGGCUCCCAGCUCGAGAAUUGGUAGAAGAGGCUUUAAAUGGUAGAAAUAAGGUGGAUGCCAGUGGAGAGAUCAUGUGUUUAUCUCAGGGAGGUUGUCCGUGGAAAGAUCAUCUAUUUACACUGGAGAAAGAGCUGGAAAUCUCACCACUUAUAAAAUAUGUCCUCUAUACAGACACUGCUGGCAAAUGGAGGGUUCAGUGUGUACCCAAAUUAUUGGGGAGCUUUGAAAAUAGACUUUCAUUACCUAAAGAAUGGCAGGGUUUGAGGGAUCAGGAACUCUCUGACAAGUCUGGAAUUCCAGGAUGUAUUUUUGUACAUGCCAAUGGUUUUAUUGGAGGCAAUACUACUUACGAAGGAGCUUUAGCCAUGGCUAAAUACAGUCUUAAACAGCAGACAUGAAAGCUAUGUUUAUUGUGGGGUAUCGGCUUAUAAAAAGUUUUUGAACGAUGUCAUUAUUAUAAGGAAUGGGUUAAUAGAAGGCGGCUUGAAAUGAAGUAUUAACAUGUUCAUUUUCAACUUCGAGUGACUCACUUUAAAAUCAUACUGGUAGAAAAUUUUAAGGACUUAUAUGAUGUUUUUUUCUCUCUGUAUUUCCAUACAAGUAUGCUGGAAAGGCAUACAAAAUGAAGCAGUUGUCAAGUAUAUGCAUAAAAAAACAUACAUGUAUAUUUCAUUUAAAUAUUACAAUGCAGCUUAUUUAUAAUGUAGAUAUAUUUUUGUCUUUUAAUGAAAUUGUAAUAUUUUGAAUUUAACUUAAAUUCCAGCAUGUAUAUGUUUUUAAAAGAAAAGGAAAUUUAAUUUCUUAAUAUCCCAACAAAGUAAGGGUUGCUUGUAAGCAGUAAACAAAUUAUAAUUUAAGAAAGUUGAAUUACAUUUAUAC